AUGAAAGUCCACAGAUCACCUUGUUAGUCCUUUCACACCGUGAGAACUUCGCAAGGCAAUUUCACUACCCCGGAGAGAUUGGUUAAGGUUUAAGCCAACUCAGGAGUUAAAUGUAGUCCCUUUUAGAAAAACGAAAAUCAAUUCAAAAAUUACCAAUCCAGCACCAUUUCGAAGAGAAAGGACAGUACAACCAUAUAUGAUUACAUCAAUGAAUUAGAACAAAAAAUCAAUAAAUUGGAACAAAGUUAAACUAGGAGUUUAAAUAAUAAUUAUCCUGAAAUUUUAUAAUUAGAGAAAAGAAUGCUGAUGCUCCUAAAUGAAAAUUGCGAAUUGAAGAGUGAAGCCCUUGCCAAUUAGAAAUUGGCCUAUGAAAAUGAGCAACUCAAAUAGUUGGUCCAAGAACAAUAGAUGAAAAUCCUUGAGUUUGGAGAACAAUAUAACCUGCUCUUUGAUUCUCAUUAAAAAGUCUGCGAAGAGUACAGAGUCUUAGAAUCUAAAAUCUAGACAUACGAACUCACCAUGUCCAUUCGAAAACAUUCAAGCUUUAGUGAAUAUUUCAAGACUUCUGAAUGA